GCACCACGCCGAAUCAUGUUCCGCUCUGCUGCAAUCUUGCUCCCAUCAUGUGUGGCCUCCGUGCGCGCCCGUGCACUCAGACAUCAAGCCAUGGCUACACGCACCGUUUUCACUGCGAUGGCCGGCGUGAGCAGCUCCAAGAGCGGGACGACGCCAAUCCGACCCGGGCACCAAUUUGACGUUGACCGCCUCAAGGCGUUCCUGCUGGGACUCGCUGCCAGCCAAUCCGCCUCAUCUGCCGAUGCGAGUGUUUCUACAAUGGGCCCCAGAGUCCAUUCUACCGGGACUGCAGGACAGACACUGGAUAUUGCCACGCCAAAUCUCGUCCUGGCGCACCAGGAUCAUCGCAAAUUGGAUUGGUCGCAGAUUGCAAGUCUGGACACAGUCACCGUGCUGAACCACCAUUCGGGUGAUGCAUUCCUGCAGAGCAUUGGUCUUACACCGGAAUCGGCCAUCGAGGUGCGGCAGUUUGCUCACGGCCAGUCCAACCCGACCUUCCUUCUGAUUGUCAGCAACCCCUCGUCCUCAACAAGCGCAGAGUCUCGGCAGUUUGUGCUGCGCAAACAACCGCCGGGCAAGCUUUUGCCAUCGGCACACCGGCUUGACCGAGAAUUCCGGGUGACUCUCGGCCUUGCGCAAAGCAACAUGCCGGUUGCCAAACCGCUCUUGCUCUGCCAGGACCAGCGCGUGAUUGGCACCAGCUUUUAUCUUGUAGAGCUGGUCAACGGCCGCAUCUUCAAGGAUCCGAAGCUACCAGAAGUGUCUACGGCUCAAGAACGCCGAGAAAUCUACGCCGAAAUGAAUCGCAUUUUGGCUCGCUUGCACUCGGUCAACGUGGACCAACACGACAUCUUGCAAGGGUAUGGACCGACCGAAAACUACUACGAGCGACAGAUUGCGCGGUGGACCAAGCAGUAUCAAGCCUCGAUUGUGGACAAACCAAACGAAACCAUGCUGCGGUUGGCGGAUUGGCUGCCUGCCAACAUUCCCUCGACCGUCGUGCCAGCCGGCGUUGUGCAUGGCGACUUUCGACUGGACAAUCUCAUUCUGCACCCCACAAAGCCCCAGGUGCUGGCCGUGCUGGACUGGGAGCUGUCCACGCUUGGUGAUACCAUUUCUGAUCUUGCCUACAAUUGCUUACCAUACCACCUGCCCGAGACGUUUCCCGGCGUCAUUGGGAUGAAAGAACUCGUUGCACGCAGCAGCGACUUUGCCAACCAGGGGAUUCCAACUGAGCAGGACUAUGUCAAGCUUUACUGCCGCAACCGGGCGCUUGAUGCAUCGCAGACAGAGCACCUGCUUCGGCACUGGAACUUUUACAUGGCGUUCGCAUGGUUUCGCGUUGCUUCCAUUCUGCAAGGAGUCCACAAGCGCGCUGUCGGCGGGAAUGCGAGCUCCCAGAAUGCUCUUGCGGUUGGCAGUGCGGCCAUGGUUGGUGCCAAUCUGGGCUGGCAGAGUGCGACCGCGCAUCGUGCCGCGACCGCACCUCAUCGUGCACAGUCUGAACCGGCCGCAGCCAGUGAACACUCCAAGUCCGCCGCUUCUUCUCACGUGGGUGUUCCGUCUCUUGUUGGAGUUCCUGCGUCCGUUCAGCCAUUGCGUGCCAAGCUUCUCGAUUUCAUGAACGAAUUUGUCUUCCCCUGUGAAAGCGCCACUGCCAAGCACCAGUUCUCCGACAAGCGCUGGACUGUACUUCAUCAGAUGCAAGAGCUGAAAGCGGCAGCUCGGGAACGCGGCUUGUGGAACUUGUUCAUUCCUCGCGAGGCGGAUCCUCUGGGAAAGUUUGGGGCAGGGUUGUCCAACUUUGAGUACGCGCACCUGUGCGAAGUGAUGGGUCGGUCGCUCUUUGCUCCCGAAAUCUUCAAUUGCUCCGCUCCGGACACUGGCAACAUGGAGGUGUUAAUCCGCUACGGUACUCCAGAGCAGCAGAGUCGCUGGCUGCAACCGUUGCUUGCUGGAACGAUUCGCUCGUGUUUUGCCAUGACCGAGCCCAACGUGGCCUCUUCCGAUGCGACAAACAUUGGCACUACUAUUGUUCGCGAUGGCUCUGAUUACGUUGUGAAUGGUCACAAGUGGUGGAUUUCAGGCGCAUUGGAUCCGCGGUGCUCAAUCGCCAUCGUCUUGGGCAAAAGCGACAUUAAUGGCACCCAACCUCGACACAGCCGCCACAGCAUGAUCCUCGUGCCAAUGGACACGCCUGGUGUGGUCAUCAAGCGCCCUUUGACCGUGUUUGGAUAUGACGAUUCGCCGCACGGCCAUGCUGAAAUGACGUUUACGAACGUGCGUGUGCCGGCGUCCAAUUUGCUCCUUGGCGAGGGUCGUGGGUUUGAGAUUGCACAGGGCAGACUGGGUCCCGGUCGCAUCCACCACUGCAUGCGACUGAUCGGCCACGCCGAGCGCUGUCUUGACUUGAUGAAGCAGCGCGUGCUGUCUCGCAAAAUUGGCGACCAGCCACUCGCAGCGUUCAACUCGAUUGUGCAUGGCAUUGCUCAGUCGCGCAUCGACAUUGACCAGGCACGUUUGCUGACGCUUCAGGCUGCACAUGCGAUGGACACGGUCGGCAACAAGGGCGCCAAGAUGGAGAUUGGCAUGAUCAAGGUUGCUGCGCCCGAAAUGGCGCUCCGCGUCAUUGAUCGCGCCAUGCAAGCGUUCGGCGCUAUGGGUCUGAGCAACGACAUUCCACUUGCGCAAAUGUACGCGUGGAGUCGUGUUCUCAAGUUUGCCGACGGUCCCACCGAAGUGCAUUUGCAGCAGAUUGGGCAGCUAGAGCUGAAGCGUCGUCUGAUGUAAUAUCCAACAAGUCAAGUCUUUUGCAUGGCCC